GGAAAAGUGGUAAAGCAAGGAAAGGAGGCAGAAGACAAGAUAGAUACUGGAAAUCAGAGGCUGCAUCCAAUUCUCCCUUCAAGACUUCUCACCCCUCCUGGUGAGCAGAAAUGGGAGACUGGAGUUUCCUGGGAGAGUUCCUUGAGGAGGUCCACAAACACUCCACAGUGGUGGGGAAAGUCUGGUUGACUGUGCUCUUCAUCUUCCGGAUGCUGGUGCUGGGUACAGCAGCCGAGUCCUCCUGGGGGGACGAGCAGUCUGACUUCAUGUGCGACACCCAGCAGCCUGGCUGUGAGAACGUCUGCUACGACAAGGCUUUCCCCAUCUCCCAUGUCCGGUUUUGGGUCCUCCAGAUCAUCUUUGUCUCCACUCCAUCUCUGGUGUAUAUGGGCCAUGCAAUGCACACGGUGCGCAUGGAGGAGAAGAGGAAGAUGAAGGAGGCAGAAAUAGAGGCCCAGGAGAUGAAAAACAACGGUGACACAUACUACCAGCAGAAGUGCCCCGUGGCAGAGAAAGCUGAGCUGUCUUGCUGGGAUGAAUCAGGGGGCAAAAUCAUACUCAGGGGCAGUCUGCUGAACACCUAUGUGUAUAGCAUUUUGAUUCGCACUGCCAUGGAAGUGGCCUUCAUUGUGGGACAGUACAUCUUGUAUGGGAUCUUCCUGGAGACCCUCUAUGUCUGCCAGCGGGCACCUUGCCCCCACCCUGUCAACUGCUACGUUUCCCGUCCCACAGAGAAGAAUGUGUUCAUCGUCUUCAUGCUGGCCGUGGCAGUGCUCUCCCUGUUCCUCAGUCUGGCCGAGUUGUACCACUUGGGCUGGAAGAAAGCCAAAGAGAGGUGCUCCCGGUCUUACAAACCCAGCACCAGCACAGCCCCCGGCAGAUUGGAGUCCGCCCCGCAAGUAGAAAGGGCCCAGAUGUACACUCCUCCACCAGAUUUUAACCAGUGCUUUUCAAGUCCCAAUGGGAAGUUCAUCAGCCCCUUCAGCAACAAGAUGGCCUCCCAGCAGAACACCGCCAACUUCGUCACCGAGAGGGUCCAUGGCCAGGAGGAUGCUGCUGGUGAAGGGCCCUUUAUUAAGUCCAACUACGUGGAGAGUCCAGAGGCUGCCAAUGAAUGUGCGGCACCCCCCGAAUGUGUGGCACCCCCCUUCCCUGAGAACUACUUCAAUGAGAGCAACCCCAGCCGUGCCAGCAGCAAGGCGAGAUCAGACGAUUUGUCCGUGUGACCAGUCUCCAGGAGGGGGGAGGAGGAGGAGGAGCAGUCUCAGCACUUAGUAAAACUUCUGCCAAGUGGACUCCAGACUCUCACCACUAACCUCUCUGUUUUCACACCCUCGUGCUCCGUUUCAGCAAACUUCAUUGUUAUAUUGCAGACAGCACCUCUCACAGCUUAAGGCAGGGGCAGCCACCGGGAGACACGCACUGAAGAGAGGCACCAGUCUUGAGAUGUGAAGCUCUGGGCCGUAUUUUCAUCACAGGACCCACACGGACUGGAGGCUUGCUAUCCUUAGCCUGGUAGGGCACAGGCCAGCAGGCUCCGGAGGCUGCCCAGCAGGUAUCCACUGAGACACUGUAUUCAACAGGCUGACCGGACCUCAUCCCCCUUGCAUCUCCUUUGGUGUCUGAUCAACAUUGGCUACGUCAGCUUGGCAAUUAUACUGAGAUGAAGCUUCUCUCACCUGCGGGGAGCAGAAACACACCGGUUGGCUUUCUGAGAGAGAGACUCUCAUCUGCUUUGUUCUUGCGCUUUCUAACCCUCCCUUUCUCUACCUGAGCUCAGAUAUUUUAUACCGGUUUACCUAUACAGUAAAUCCUACUUGAAUUUUUUGACACUGUGUAUAUAACUCUUCCCCAUAGAUAAGGACGUCUGUGGUCAUCCCCCUCCCCCCCAGCUGCCUCAUGUCUAACUUUGGAAUCCCUUCCUCAUUCCUAAGUCAGCACAGCAGACUGGCCCCGGGGCCCGGGGGUAUCACUUAGAUGACCAGUUGAUGAAGACUAGGGAAUUUUCCCAAGAUAUUUAUGUCAUCAAUUCUAAGCAAGACAUCCAUUAAC